AUGGAGCAGGCGGAGGAGCAGGAGGAGGAGGAGCAGACCUCCAAGGCCCCACUUGAUAUAAUUGAAAGAAAGCUUGCUGAUCUUAAGCUAGAUGACUGUGAGAGUGGUUACUCUGACUCUAAUACUUCCAAUGAAGAAGCUCAUCAUUUGAAGUUCAGCAAAGGACAGAUAAACGAUGUUCUUCCUACUUCUAUCAGAAGCAAAUCAGAAUCAUCUCAGAGCAGCUUUACAAGUGGUAGUAAGUACUCCAGUGCAUCACUAGCUACAAGUAGGCCAUCAGGGCCCCCCUCUCAUCAGGAGAUUGUUAGUGGGUUACAAGAACAUAUGGAUAAUCUAAAAUGUGUAAGUAGCUCCUACUCCUCGCUAAGUGAGUACAUAAAUGUGUACAAGGAUCUCCUCACAGCUGAAGGAUUUCUACAGAUAUGUCAAGGAAUCAGAGAUUGGGCGAGUUCGAGUGGAUUGAAGUACAAGGAUAUUCAGGUUCACGAAGUCUUCCUAGCUGGUGCAUAUUCCAGCAGAGACAGGCUAGGUGUACAUCUGUAUAUCAUCCAGGCUGAUGUUGUUAAGCCCAAGCUGAAAGAAGGAUGCCUAGUUUGUUUGACUGGCCGCCUCUAUGACAGGGGUCCCUGGAUCUGGGGAACAAUAUCCAUGGACAAGAGAAGAGGGGCAGCUGUAACUGUAGAACUAUUAAACAAGGAGUCGAGCUGCAGUGACCUGAAGUAUCUGUUGAAGGAUAAAUAUAUUAAUUUAAUUGAAUCCUCAAGCUUCUACCUGGCCUUCGGUCCAGCCCUGGAUAUCCUGCACAACAGACGGAUCUAUUCAUCUGUUUUUAACACAAUUACAAGGUGUGAACCCAGUAACCAGACUCCACAUUAUUUGAAGGGAAACUAUAUCAAGUUGUCUACUGAAAUGAUUGGAACCAUCUUCAAAUCUGGAAGUCAUAUCGGCAAGAAGUUAUUGAAAGAAAACUUCACACUCCCAGCAGAUGCUGGAAUUAAGGAGAAUUUGGCAAACAACUCUGUACUAGACUUCUCACAGGCAGAGGCUGUCGCCCACAUCCUUGGGAAUCCAGUGAGCAUUAUCCAGGGACCUCCGGGAACUGGGAAAACCUUCACCUCUGUCAAGAGCCUCCAGAUGCUGUUAAACCUGAUGAAUCCUCUGACCAGCCCGAUCCUGAUCCUAUCCAAUACAAACCAUGCAUUGGAUGAGCUCCUCAUAAAGUUACAGGAUGCAGGAGUUUGCUCAGCUGAUCAAAUGUGCAGAGUUGGAAGGAGAUGCAAAGAUCCCAAGCUUGAAAGUUGUCUUCUUCAAACUAGAUUAUCACGGACUAAAUUUAAAGACGGCAUGGGAAUCAUCUGGAAAGCAAAAAGGAAGGCCGAGAGAGACGUAUUGUGCAUACUAGAUGACAUGAACCUUAUAGAAGAUGAGAACAUGUUCUCCGGUCUAUCCCAAAAAUCAUUGUUAUCCGUUCUCACAAACCAUGGCCAAGAUAUCCAGAUGAUGGAUCACAUCAGGCGACUUGUCCGCAAGAAUAAGGAUAUACUUAAAGAUAGUAUGGUCAGAAUGAAGCUUUAUAACACAAUACCAGAGGAUGGUUUGCUCCAGAGCCUGUUCAAUGAGAGAAGGAAAGAUAUCACAGAUGUUGAUUAUUAUGACCUGGAGAAUGGUUUUGCCAAGCUCAAGAAACUCAUCUACGAACAGGAGUUGCUACAGCAAGAGAGGGUUGUAAGGGUUCUAUCCAAAGUAAAAGUCAUUGGAAUGACAAUCACCGGAGCUGCUAUUAAAAACUCCAUAUUGGAGAAGGUGUGUCCCAAGGUGGUUCUGGUCGAGGAAGCUGCUCAGGUGCUUGAGCCGCUGCUCAUAACUGCUGUACCUUGUAGUACUGAGCAUCUGAUCAUGGUUGGAGAUCAUAAUCAGCUUCCGCCACAGCUCAACGUGAAUGACCUGAAGAAGAAUGGUUUCGACAAGAGCAUGAUGCAGAGGUUGGCUGAGGGAGGAAUGCCUUUCAUUCAGCUCAAGCUGCAGAACAGGAUGCGGCCUGAAUUAGCCGAGCUGCUCAAGGAUAUAUAUCCAAAACUGAAGAGCAACCAUUCUGCAGUGGACCGUAUUCAACUUCCAACAACUAUACCAUUUACUUCAAUUUUCUGGUCUCACAGCCACCUUGAGGUGCCAUCUGGUCUAAGUCGUUGCAAUCCUGAUGAGGCUCACAUGGUUGUAAGUCUAGUUAAGUUCCUCGUUGAGAUCGGUCAAAUUCCAGAAGAGGAGAUCACGGUUCUCUGUAUGUAUGCUAAGCAAGUAGAGCUUAUUCAAGGACAGAUUGGAUACCCAAACCUUCAUGUUUCUUCAGUUGACAGCUAUCAGGGUGAUGAGAAUAGGGUUGUUAUAGUCUCCUUGGUGCGUGGAAAUGAGGGACGAAACCCUGGAUUCUUGAAGGAUCUACCUAGAAGGUGUGUUGCACAGAGCAGGGCUAAAGCCUGUACAAUAUUUAUCGGGAAUAGAGAUACUGUAACUCAGGCUCCUUGCUGGGAUAAUCUUCUCUCCAGGGUAGAGUACUCAGCAGACAAGUUCCCUGUCUUAUGCUCUCACAACAAGAUUGUUCACAAGGAUGCCACUGAUUUGGAUUUGCUGACAGAGAACAGUCAUCGCUUUACACAUCAUGGACUCUGCUUUAUAUGUGACUAGUUUCAGCUGAAACACAGGAAGCAAACGGAGUACAAAGAAGUUGUCACGACAUGAUGAUAUAAUAUAACAAAAAGUUAUACUUGAAAAAUGCAACCAUUUUUUAAUUCAGAAACUACUUUUUUUAAUUAUGACUUUUCAACAUUUUGAUUUUUUAAUUGUUUACUUUCU